AUUUGUUGAGGUGUGAGCUCUAGAGUCUGCUUUGAAGUGUGAGCUUGACGCUGACGUUUCACCGUAGGCUUUCAUGCAAAGUUUCUACGUUCAAGAAAAUGUUGAAAAAUCGUCGUGGCUCUGUCGCGCGCAAUUUUUAAAAUGUCAGCAUUGUUUUUGCUGUGCGGUGGACGAUGCGCUAACUAAACUGGGGAUAACCUGCCCAUCUUGCGCUGUCAACAAAGAACGGCUUGACGGCGACGAAGACUGACAAUGAGUUACCCCUGGAGCUACACGCAGCCGGUGGAGCAGUACGGCGGUUGUAGUUACAACAACAACUCCAACAACAACUGCCCCGGCUAUGACCGGUACAACCGCUGGAGCUGCGAUCACAGCGGCUUUGACCAAGGCAACGGCGGGUGGGAGGUUGUCGAAGAGGAGGCCAGCUACUACCCGCAGGAGCAGCGUCCGCGCCCCGCCCGCCCCCGCCAGCCCCAGAGGAAUGCCGGGCAACCCUCGCUGCCCAGGAGGCAGCACAGGGAGUGCCUGGAACACCUGGACCACCCCGCCGGCCCGCUCCAGCGCCUCCAGCACCAGGAGUCGUGGCACCUGCAGCAGCCCGCCGACGGCGUGCCCUCCUGCCCCCGCUCCAACUCGUCCACCCCGGUCAUGGACGAGAACGACGACGAUGACGUGGUGGUGCUCGACGCGGACGGGAUGCCGUGCUCGGACUGGCCGACGGUGCCGCCCCAGGACAUCCUGGAGCUGAUCCCGCCCCCGCCCCCGCUGCGCAACCUGGUGCCCUGCUCGCCGCAGAAGCCCGUCGUCGCCAGGCCACCUCCCCCCGCACGGCCGCGGCCGCGGCGCCCGCCCGUGACGGUGACCUCCCGGACCAAGAGGGCUGCUGCCGCCGCGUUCGCGGCCCGGUCUGCGCAGCGCACGUCCUCCGCCAGGGUCUGCGUCUCCACCCCCAGCCGGGCGCAGGUGGGUCCAGGGUCGGGGGGUGUCCUUGUGCUCACCGGGUGCGUCCUCUCGGCAGCCGCGGGAUGCAGUGACCUGCACCUCAAUCAGGCACCCCUAGGUCGGGUGGUUGCAUCCGCACGCAUCCGAGGUCUACCUGGUUACGAUUUGGUGGGGCCGCCGAUAAAAAUGUAG